AUGCUCUGCAUCAUCCUGCAGCUGGUGCUGGUGUCCAGCACCUCAGCGGCCCACUACUAUGGGGGGGUCAUGACCUUUACCCCCAAAGGACGCAACCCCGAUGGAUCUCUGAGGAGGGCGAGUAUGGGUGAGGCUUAUGUGAUUUGCAAUGAAGCAAUGAUGACUGUUGAGGUAGAGAAGUCCUCCCUCCCAGGAAUUCAUGAGGACCAUUUGCAUCUGAAGGAUCCAUCCUGCACUUUGACCUCCAAUGGCACGCAUCUGAUUAGCACAGUAUCACUCAACACCUGUGGCACAGAGAUGGAGGAGGACAAUGAAAACAUGAUUUUCAAAAAUGAAAUAGUAUCCUUUGAGAAUGGUCUUGGUGUCAUAACAAGGAAAAACGAAGUGAGGAUUGGCUUCUCGUGCGUCUACCUGCAUAGCAACGUUUCUUUUGAAUUCAGAGCCCACAAGCUUCCCUAUGUGUUCACGGAGAAGGGCUUUGGCACAUUCACCUAUCAGUUUGAGUUCUUCCGGAGCAGUCUCUUCAGCAGUAUAGUGGAUCCCAAAACCUACCCAGUGGAGGUGAACCUGGACCAGAUGAUCUACAUGGAAAUAUUAGCAACCACUACCCUCCCCAACACUCAACUUUUUGUGGAGACUUGCAAAGCCACUCCAUAUGACGACCCCAACUACCCUACUUUCUACAGCAUCAUUGAGAAUGGGUGUGCUGUUGAUGACACAGUUGCGGUGUAUCAAAGCAGGCAGACGGAAUAUAGAUUUGGAAUGAAAGCUUUCAAAUUCGUUGGGCUUCAUGAUGAGGUCUUCAUCAGUUGCUCUGUCAUGCUGUGCCGUGCUGGAUAUCCUGCCACAAGGUGUUUUCGAGGGUGUGUUAAUGGUACAAACGCCUCUAUUAGUCACCACCACCGCAAGAGAGCUGCAAUCGCAGAGACCUCAAGGCAGCACAUUUCCCAGGGGCCUUUGCGCCUCAAGAGAAACUCGUUUGCUACAGGUAUGAAUAGUGUAAUGCAAAAUAUC